AGAGAACCUCAGUCAGCUUUAAACUCUCUGAAACAUGAUUCAAGAUGUAAGAAAACAUUCAGCUGCUCUGAAUGUCGGAGGAGCUUUAACCGUGAGUCACAUCUGAAAGUACACAUGAGAAGUCACACAGGAGAAAAGCCUUUUAGCUGCUCAGUUUGUACUAAGUGUUUUGGCUACAACUCAGCUCUGAAGAAACAUAUGAAAAUCCACACAGGAGACAAACCUUUCAGCUGCUCUAAGUGUGAUAAACAAUUUGGCCAGAAGGAACAUCUGAAGUUACACCUGAUAACUCACACAGGAGAAAAACCUUUUAGCUGCUUAGUUUGUGAUAAAAGAUUUGGCAACAAGUAUAAACUGAAGACACACAUGACAACUCAUACAGAAGAGAAACGUUUCAGCUGCUCAUGUUGUGAUAAACGAUUUGGCUACAAGUCAGAUCUGCAGACACACAUGAGAACUCAUACAGGAGAAAAACCUUUCAGCUGCUCAGUCUGUAAAAGAUCUUUUUCAGAGAAUGGAGAUUUACGAAAACACAUGAGAACUCACACAGGAGAAAAACCUUUCAGCUGCUCUGAGUGUGGCAGAGCUUUCGCUCUGAGUGGAACCCUGAAAAACCACAUGAGGACUCACACAGGAGAAAAAACGUUCAGCUGCUCAGUCUGUAAAAAAUAUUUUACACAGAGAGGAGGUUUACACAAACACAUGCGAAUCCACAGGAGGAGGAGGAUGAUGGAGAGGGAACUUACAAGACCUACACCCGCGCCCCCCAGCGCUGCGUGGCCACACGCUACUCUAAAUGCCUGAGCUAACUGCCGAGUCAGAAACCAGACGGCUUCACUCUUAACACUUUGACUGAGGCGUUCACAAACCCUUUUUUAAUUUUACCAAAGCAACUUCCAAUAAGUGCAUUCAAGGUUCAAUCAGAACAGCUUGUAAAAACAGAUUAUAAAACUAGUGUCAAACUCCCAGUGAAGACAAAAUUCUGAGAAUGUGUACAUGUUCUGACUUCAUGAGAAAAGCCUGAUGAUCGCUCCAUAAGUGUCAAAACUGAUGUUAAAAGAUGCUCUAUUCCUACUGAUUGCUCUGCAGCAAAUACACUUCAUUCAAAGAGGACAGAAACUAAAUAAAACUAUCAAAAGCC